AUGCAUGCCUCCUCGAUCCAAUCCCAGAAAAAUACCCAGCUACAGCCAGUACCCACCCACCUAACCCAGACCAUGUCGGGCGGCGGAAAUGGCAGUGGCAGCGCCGGCGGUGCCGCUCACGUCGUCAUGUUCCCCUGGCUCGCCUUCGGCCACAUCAGCCCGUUCGCCCAACUGACGCGCAGGCUCAUCUCCGGCGACGAGACGCUCCGUGUAACGUUCCUGACGGCCGCCGGGAACGUGCCCCGCGUCGAGGCGAUGCUGGCGGAGGCCGCUGGCGCGGUGGCAGUCCUGCCGCUGGACCUGCCAAGCGUGAAGGGUCUGCCCCCGGCCGCCGCGAGCACGGCUGAGCUCUCGGCCGACGGCGCCGAGCUUCUUAAGGUCGCCCUCGACGGCACCCGGCCGCAGGUCGCCACGCUCCUCGCGGAGCUCCGCCCGGACGCCGUGCUGUUCGACUUCGCCGUGCCGUGGGUUUGCGACGUCGCGGCGCCCCUCGGCGUCAGGGCGCUCUACUUCAAUGUCUAUUCCGCCGCAACCCUCGCGCUCCUCACCGUCCCUGCGCGGUGUCCCGGUGGGCAGCGCCCGUCGGCGCACGAGCUCACUGCGGCGCCCGCCGGCUUCCCGUCGGACUCGCCGCUCGUCACGCUGCCGGCGUACCAGGCAGCCAACCUGACGUACGCGUUCCAGAGCUUCUACGGCAUGCCGAGCGCGUACGACCGUUUCAUCGAAUGCUUCAAGGGCUGCUUCGGCACCGUCAUGAAGACCUGUGCCGAGAUGGAGGGCCCCUACAUCGACUACAUCUCGGCCCAGAUCGGCAAGCCCGUGCUCCUGGCCGGACCCGUCGUCCCGGAGCCACCGGAAGGCGAGCUCGAGGAGCGGUGGUCGAGCUGGCUGUCGUCGUUCCCCGAAAACGCCGUCGUCUUCGCCUCGUUCGGCAGCGAGACGUUCCUUCCGGCCGCCGCGGCCACAGAGCUUCUCCUCGGCCUAGAGGCGACCAACCGCCCGUUCCUCGUGGUGCUGAAUUUUCCCAAGGGUGCGGACGCCGAAGAAGAGCUCAGGGCGCGCGUUCCGCCGGGGUUCGAGGACAGGGUGAAGGGGAGAGGGGUCUUGCACACGGGGUGGGUGCAGCAGCAGCACAUCUUGCUGCACCCGAGCGUGGGGUGCUACGUGAACCACUCCGGGUUCAGCUCGGUGGCGGAGGGGCUCGCCGCCGGCUGCCGGCUGGUGCUGCUGCCGAUGAAGACUGACCAGUACAUCAAUGCGGCGGUGUUCGCGCGUGAGCUCCACGUCGGUGUGGAGGUAGCUCGGCGCAGCGAGGACGGAUGGUUUGGCUGCGAUGCGGUCAGUGAUGCUGUAGCUGCUGCCAUGGCGGCUGGCGGGGACGGGGAGGGGAGGAAGUGGAGGGAGUUCUUGUUGGACGACGCCGUGCAGAAGGGGUUUGCUGCUGAGUUCCUCAGAAACCUUAAGGGGCUCGUCUCAGGGCCUAACUAUAAAACAUGAAAACGACUAUGUCUUGUUGAAUAUUCUGAUGCACUGGUUUACAAGCUACAAGUGCCAUCUGAAUUUGCAGUGUCGGUAUUGUUGAAAUUGUGAGUACAAAAUAUCCUGUUAAGGAUGCAAGUAUUCGGUGAUGGUUUCUCUCUC